GAGCUUCUCUUAUGUUGAGGACGUUAAGGUCGUAGCCAUUUCUCGCAUUGGUUCAGUCAGUCACUUAGUUGCAGAUCCGAAAAGACGAUAAUGUCCUUAUCGCUUCCUUCCCGAUACGCUCUCUUCUCAGGGUCGACUCCUGUUCGCAUCAGCAGGAGCAACAUCUGCUUCGCCGUCUCCGCCGUACAGCUUUCUCGCCGGAAUUCUAUAUCAUUUGCUAAGCCUAUCCUCCUCCGCCACGUCAUCUCUACCGAGUCGAAUUUCGAGAUCAAUCGAGAUUGUAGAGCUCGCGCGUCUUCCAUCGGAUCAUACGAAGAGAGCUCUUCUUCUACAGACCUUGAAGACGCCAAUUCUGAUGGUUUUGAUUUGGGGAGCUUUGUUUCAUUCGCGGAGGCGCUUUGUAUUAUAUCUUCCGCCGUGAUUUCGGUGGUUCUCGCGGUGAAUUACGUGGUGGUUGGUGAAAUUGGGAAAAAGGUUUUGUCUUUAGGUUUCGUUGGAUUGGUUGGUUCAGUCGCCACUGGUUCGUGGCUUAGACGACGGCAAUGGAAGAGGAUUUGCAAAGGAGCGAGAAAAAGUGAAGGGACGAAUUUGAUUUGUAGGUUGGAGAAACUUGAAGAGGAUUUAAAAAGCUCGACCACCAUUGUUAGAGUUCUUUCUAGGCAUCUGGAGAAGCUUGGGAUUCGGUUUCGGGUCACCCGAAAAGCUCUAAAGGAACCAAUUUCUGAGACUGCAGCUUUGGCUCAAAAGAAUUCCGAGGCCACUAGAGUAUUAGCUGCACAACAAGAGAUUUUAGAGAAGGAGCUAGGCGAAAUUCAGAAGGUUCUGCUCGCUAUGCAGGAACAACAGCGAAAGCAACUUGAGUUAAUCCUUACAAUCGCAAAGAGCAGCAAGCUGUUUGAGAGCAGUAGUAGCAAGCAAGCACCUAAUGAACAGAAAGCAAAUAAAGCAGCAGAGGAACCCUCAACACCCAAACAAGUACUCGUUCAAUAAACUAGCUACUAUGCAAACACACAAGAAUCAGCUAUGACAAUGUGUAAGUUUUGUCUAGACAAGUUUUUCCUGGACUCUUGAACCCAAGGGAGAAAGAGAGGGAGAGAGAACGAAAACAAUGAAAUAUGGAGAGGUCACUGUAGUAUUGUUGCUGUAUUUGUCAUCAUUGUUUUGGGUUUGUAAUUUCCACUUGUUUCCUUUAAUAAGAAAGUUCUUGAUGAUGAUGA